CGCAUUUUCGCCACUCUCGUGACCUUUUUUCGUCCUAUCGAAGGCUAUCUCUUCUUACUCGUGUCAACGGUUCGAGCUGUUCAAUGUCUGUGCUUCAUCGUCAUCCAAAACAUACACCAUUGCAUGGCCAUCAAAUUUGAACGACCCACAGCUCUCGUUGGACUCCUCGUAGCCCGCUUCCUCGAUCUAAGUACUUGCUCUUUC